AUGACUGCAAGACCAACGAUCGUAAAAUCAUCAAAUUUAAACACUCUUCAAAAGAGUUUUCAAAUCACGAAGUAAUUGUUUGUAGAGUAUCAAAAGCGUUCUCUAUCCAGAGACACCUUCCAAAGGCAUCAAUACCUUUUUUAAUGCUUUUAAGGACACGUCAGUAUUUUCUGAUUAUUUUAUGAAAACUAAUAAUUUAAUCGAGAUAAAUCCCAUUCAAAGUAUAUGUUAAUAAAGACGUUGAAUAACACGCGUGAACAUUUUCUAUUAAAAGUAUUGUGUAAAUUGUCAUUGACAAACAAUUGUUCUCAUUUCUGUUGUAAAAAUUUUCAACAAUUAUGCAAUUAUAAUAGUUUAACCAACAAAUCUGUAAAGUAGAGUACCAUGGAGGUUUCGUUAUUAAAAUCCAUACUGUUUGCUCGUCAGUGGUCAAUAACAGUUGUUAAAUUAUAAUAAAAUGGUAAGUUGAAACGAAUUUCAUAUUCAAUGAAUAUAUCCAAUAGCUAUCUGUCGUUUUCUCGUAUCAAUACAAAUGCCAUCAUACAUAUUCACUCUGUAUUUGUUUUCAGUCGUCAUUUAUUUUAUAUUUUUUUACGAAUAUCGUAAUGUAAGAAAAAAUAUGAAUGUCAAAUAAGUAUAGAAAUAAAUCAGCUUAUUUAUGUGCAAGUAUUGUGAACUAUAUUCAAUUUUAUAAAACUUGUAUUACAGAAUAUUUGUCUACUAUUAUUAUUGUUAUUGUUACUAUUCCAGUUUUUACGAUUGUUAUUACAGGGUGCAAAUAUAUCACAAUUGGAAAGAGAUAUUGGCUCUGAUCAGUUUCCUCCUAACGAACAUUAUUUUGGAUUAGUUAAUGUAAGUAUAAAUCAAGAUACAAAACAUUUAACCCUUUGCUGUUUAGUCUGCAGGUAUUUCCAUUGUACUUGGGCAGGUUUAUCAUAUCGUGUCUUAUUGUAAAUAUUAUAUAGAGUGACACACAUUGUAAACAAGAAAGACUCAUUAGUAAAACAUAUCACUAAUAUGGAGUCUAAACAAGUUUGCUUCGAUAAAAUCAACGUCCAGUCACAUUAGACAUAGAACUACAAAGGGUUAAAAGUCGUAAAAUUUUUUUUUUUAUUUUCAAUAUUAAAAUCAUUAAUAUCAAUAUUUAUAUCAUUAUAGUUUGGAAAUACCUGUUACAGUAAUUCUGUACUACAAGCUUUAUAUUUUUGUCGACCAUUUAGAGAAAAAGUUCUAGAAUAUAAAGCUAGAAAUAAGAGAACCAAAGAAACGUUAUUAACAUGUUUGGCAGAUUUAUUCUACAGUAUUGCGACUCAAAAAAAGAAAGUUGGAUCUAUAGCUCCGAAAAAAUUUAUUGCCAGAUUGAGAAAAGAGAAAGAGAGAAGUCAAAGCCAAAAACCAACAGGAGGAAAAUGUGGUGCAGGUGACGCUGGUCCACCAGAGCCUACAUGGGUUCAUGAAAUAUUUCAAGGAAUUUUAACAUCAGAAACACGCUGCCUUAAUUGUGAGACUGUAUCUAGCAAAGAUGAGGAUUUCUUUGAUUUACAAGUUGACGUAGAUCAAAAUACUUCAAUUACACACUGCCUCAGAUGUUUUUCAAAUACUGAAACACUUUGUAGUGACAACAAAUUUAAAUGUGAUCAUUGUAGCAGUUAUCAAGAGGCUCAAAAACGAAUGAGAGUUAAAAAAUUACCAAUGAUACUGGCAUUACAUUUAAAGAGAUUUAAAUACGUGGAACAAUAUAACCGUCACAUAAAAGUUUCUCACAGAGUAGUUUUUCCCUUAGAACUUCGACUCUUCAAUACUAGUGACGAUGCAGUGAAUCCAGAUCGAUUGUAUGAUUUGGUCGCAGUUGUGAUACAUUGUGGAAGUGGGCCUAACCGAGGACAUUAUAUUUCAAUAGUCAAAAGCCAUGGGUUUUGGUUGCUUUUUGACGAUGAUAUGGUUGAUAAAAUUGAUCCAUCUACAAUAGAAGACUUUUAUGGACUUACAUCAGAUAUUCAGAAAAGUUCUGAAACUGGUUAUAUCUUAUUUUAUCAAUCAAUAGAUUGUAAUUAGAACCUAACACAAACAUAUACUAAUUAAAUUAAACAAAUUCUAUACGAUAAUUUCGUAUUUUAUUGGCAUACAGUGUAUAAAGUUAAAAAUAUUAUAUGUUAGUUUAUUUAUAAAGUAAAAUAUGUAUAGAAUCGAUUAUAUUUUGUUUGUAAAAUAUAGAAAAAGUUAUUAGCUCCAUAGACUAUUCAUUAAUGCAACCUUAAAAAAAAAAUUAUUUUUUUUUUUUAGAUAUCUUUUAA